GGUAGAGUGAAGUGAAGAGGGCCGCGCUAUUGGUAUUCCCCAACUACCCUUUAAUUCCCCAAAAAAUUGCUUUAUCUCAUUCAUUCUCACCAUUUCUUUGGAGGAAGAGGAAAACUUUUGCCUUUGCUCUGUAGCUGCUCCGGCACACUCUGUGCCGAUGCUUGUGUGUGUGUUCCAAUUACUAGGACUCAUAAGGUUUCGUUUUCAACUACGGAUCUGCAGCUCAGCCAGCCUUUUCAAGGAUUGAGUUUGGAACUUCUUUGUCGAAGUAAACGAACAAAGGACCUAAGGACGAAGGAUUGUUUACCAUGCUAAAGCAAACAGCUGCUGCUAGAAACCACAGGGAUAAGGGAUUCAAGGUAAAGCAUGUUCUGCAGGUUUUUGUGUUGCUUGGCGUCUGUAUCUGGUUGCUUAACCAAAUCAGGCAUUCAUACGGUAACAAGCAGGCUUUCAAUGAUGGGAAUGGAAGCAUAUCUGAAAAGUUACGUGGUGAGCAUGGAGGCAUAAAACUUGGGAGGAAGGACCUCAAUCCUCAAGUAGAAUUAUCAAAGAGGGAAGAUAACAAAGGAGGUGAGAAUGAAGAAGAAGAAGAGGUGGAAGAGAUUAAACCUGAAGAAGGUGAUGAUGAAGGCAGAGGUGGUGGAGAUGAUGAGAUAGAUGGACAAGAUCAAGAGAAAACUGAGGAGGAGGAGUCUGAAGUGGAAGAUCUUAUUGAUGAAGAAGAUAGGGAAAAGGAAAAUCAAAUCGAAGAUUCAAGUUUAAUGGAAGGUCAAAUUGAAAAUGAAGGCGAGGAGGAUUCUCAAGAGGCAAGAGAAGAAAACUACAAAGGCGAUGAUGCCUCUAGUGCUGUUUUGCAAAAGAGCAUCGCCAUGGGAAAUGGUGGUCAAAUUCAACGUUUGAGAAAGUUGGAUGGUUGGUGGUAGAGAAUGAUGCUCUAUUCAAUGAUGCUAAUUUAGAUGCCUCAAAAAGAAAGCAGAGGAAAUCUUAGCAACAUUGAAAAGAAUAUAGGUGUCUCAAGAUGAGUCUUCAUAAUUUCUUUUGCCUCCUCUCUCCAUCAAGAUGGUAGGGAGGAUCUGGUUCUAUUUGACACUUUAAUUUGCAGAGAUAGAAUUAUAGCAAUUAAGUAUAACAGUUGAAGUUGCAGGUUAUCAGAGUUUGUAAUGAACAGAUUGUAGUGUUUGUACCUUGGAAGGUGAUCAAGUUGGCUCUUCAAGAUACACAUGUUCAGGGGAGUGCAAAUGUUUUUGCUUUGUUGUAAACAAUUGUAGAAAGACAUAAUCAAAGUAGGGAAUGAGCGCAAGGAGGACAUUGAAAUGCCUCCUGACCGUGUGACAAACUAUGACUCAGCUUCAUUAGAACGGACUCGGCUGAAGUCUUUGUUUACCUCGUAUGAUAAUUGUAUAAAGCCAUGAAUGUUAUUUUUAUUUAGAGAGGCUGCAAAUAAUAUGCCAGAAGUUAU